GUGCACAGCUAUCCUCUGAGAAAGAUGAAGUCAAAACACACUGUUCAGUCUCACUCUGACAGUCCCUCACAACAGCCAGCUACAGUACAAGCUAUACCCUAUCUCUCCUAUCUAGCUGAUGAGGAGGUAGAGGAGGAGGAGGAGGAGGAGGAAGAGGCUGAUCCGGUACCCAAGCCUUCAGGUAAGUUUCAUACAAGACCAGUACCUCUGCCAGUGGCUCUGUUUGGGAACAAUGUGGAGAAGAAACACACCAACAACAACCAGCCUUUCAUGACUGAGUUUGAGGCACUGGGUGAUGGGGAAGGAAAGACUGUUACUGUAGCAAGG